UCUCUCUCUCUCUCUCUCUCUCAAAACUCCUCCUAUUUCCUCAGGUUGACGGGGGUGACGGCAUGACGGAAGACGGGGCCAGCGGGACGGGAGGGCAUCGCCGCCAGUACACUUGUCCCCUCUGUCCCAAAGCAUUCCUCUUCCCGUCUCACCUGGAGCGGCACGUCAGGACCCACACUGGCGAGAGAACCUUUGCCUGCCCGUACUGUCCCCACCGCGCCGCCAGGAAGGACCAUCUUGACGUGCAUCUAAGAACACACUCCGGGGAGAAACCCUUCGCUUGCCCCCACUGCGCCUUCAGGACCGCCUUCAGGAGUUCUCUAGACGGCCAUUUGAGGACGCAUUCCACCUAGGGACCAUACUGAAGUUCAUGAAGCUACAUACAUUCAUACAUACAUGCAUACAUUUACAUAUACAUAAAUACAUAUUUGCAUUUGUAUUACGUCUUUGAAAGUUUAUUGGUGUGUGAUUGAAAAUGUGAUUCUUGUUCUUGUUCUUGUUAUUGUUUUUGUUUUUUUCGUUAGUGUUAGUAGAGAAAAUAGUAGUAGUAGUAGUAGUAGUAGUAGUAGUGGUGGUGGUAGUGUUAGUAGUAGUAGU